AUGGCACCUAAAAAAGAUAAAGGAAACAAAAAUGACGAGAAAGGUGGAGUAUUUACUGAAGUGGAGAGAACAUUUAUGGAACUCCAGCUAGCCGAUUGCAACCGCAAGGUAGCUAGGCUUAGAUCCGCUGUGGAAGAGUAUGAGGCACGCAUCGAAGAACUACAAAAAGCCUAUGCAAAGUUGGACGAAGACAGGGCUGAUAUCAUCGCUUACCUGAAACGAACACUUACUGUGAAAAGUGAGGAAAAUAUCGAGCUGAAAGAAAAAGUUAAAGGUUUGGAGGAGAUCAGACAAAUUGAAAAUGAACGGUUCAACGAAACCACACAACAAUUAGAAAAAGACUUUAUUUUUAUGAAAGAACAGCUUACGUCGGAGAAUAAGUUAUUGGCAGGUAAACUGAAUACUUUAGAAGAGUUUAGAGCUAUAAGAGACGAUUUAAUGAGGAAGUUUGAAAACCAAGAACAAGAAUUUCAAGACCAAGAAAUGAAAUACAAACGCCUUAUAUACGAAUCUGAAAAGAAAUUUAUCAUUGGUAAAGAUAACUUAAAGAAAGAAAUGGAAGCCAGACUAUUACAACUUGCUCAAGAUUUCCAAGAUGCAACAGAAUUAAGGGUCGCUGCUUCUACACAUAGAGUGAUUAGGGAAAACAUAGCUAUUAACAAUGAAUUGGAAAAUAUUUUAAACUCUCAAGUUAGACUGUCAACACAAAAUGAAUCUUUUAAAGAGGUAAUGCGAAAGGCACAAGUGUCUAAAGAGUUGGCUGAAGAGGAGCGAGAUAAAGCUAUUAACAAGAGUGUUGUACAACUAAAAGUAAUUGAUCAGCUAACUAAAGCAUUUGAAUCAAUGAAGAAAGAAAAAGCCUUAUUUGAAAGAAAAACUUAUAACUUCGAAGUACUGCAAGGAAAAAUUGAACGAUUGACUAAAGAAAAUGUCAAUCUUGGCUUUCAAGUGCGUGUACUGGAACAAAACUUACAUGCUCGCGUAAGUGAUCAAAAUAAAGCAGUAGUUGAAGCGGCAAAAAUGUCCAAAGAACGUGAUAAAUUGAAAAAAAUCCUUAAAGAAGCAGCAAUCGCUAUCCAAGCGGCUCUAAAAUUGGACAAAUGGGCAUCAACUGAAGAGUCAACAGAAGUUAUGGAUAGGCACGUUUUGCUUUCACAUUUGUUGGAAAUUGUAUCACAGUUCCGUGAACUUGAACAAUCAGACUCCGUGGGCACAAUAGGUUCAUUUAGUAAAAUAUAUGAAGAAGGUGAUCUGGGUUUUGUUCCUAAGCCAACGAAGAAAAAGGCCCCUGUAGUGUCAUCUGUUCCCAGUGCAAUUAUUUCUAUGAAAAACGGCACCAUUCCGGCUGAAGAUGCGAGACCACCAUUGGAGUCAGAGUCCCGCUCUACUCUGGGAGGCAGCAUCGAUACCGUGCCUAGUAUUAAAGUGUUACCUCUGAAUUCGCAAAAGGAAGUGGUUAUAAAUGAAAGUAUAGAAUCUUUUGUGGCAUCUUCUUAUCAAUCGGAAGAAAUAGCUGUAGAGGAAGAACAGGAAGAAGUGCCAGAGGAUGAUAUUGAAAAGAAAUUGGCAGCAAGUAAAGUUGAGAUGCAGAAAUCUUUGAUGAAAGAUUUAGCGCUCUCCCAAGUAAUCCCAGAGCGUUCGGAGGUAAUGAAGGACAAAGAAACGAAGUCCAUGGCACAAAUGAGACAUAGUCUGGUUAUGGAGGAAAAACCAGAUGUAGAUACUAAAGUACAGGAAAUUGAAAUGGAAGUACUAAUGGAAGAAGACUUAGAUGUUGAUGAUGGGGAUGUUGAAAUUGAUGUUGUUGAUGAUGAUGAUUUUGAUAACGAUGAUGACGCUGGCGAUGACGGAAAAGAGGAAGAUCUCAGUGGAGUAUCAGCCGACAAGGUCUCAGAGUCCCAUUAGUAAGCAAAAGGAACCUCAUCAUUAUUUGGGUGUUAUAUUUUUUAUUUUUUGAUAUGUUUAUUUUAUUUUACUUUUUUUUUAUAAUGCCAUUUUGCAUUAAAUUUUAUUUUUCUUUUAUUUUAUAUUUUUUUUUAUCUGACGUGCGUGCAUAUCGAUUUCUCGCAUAAAAGAGAAAAUUCGAUUUACGUUCCCUGUGAGCCUAACCAUCGUUAAUCUUAGUUAGUUUAAAAUAUGUACAAUGUGUGUUACCUACCCAUUUCGCUGGCUACUUUAUGUAUGCCAUUAAUUUCAUUAUUUAUUGUUCACUUAUGACUUGCGUCCCUAGCUGCGUUGGUUAUCUUAUCUUUGAUGAAACUCCAGCCUACUAUAUCACUAUCAAGGCUUUGCUAUGUUAUUGAUCUAACAUACGGUUGGUAGGCUUAACCUUCUCGACUGUCGUUUAUGUAAGUAUCACAGUUUUUCUAUUAGUUUAAAUAUGAUUAAUUCUAUAGAUAUACUUAUUGUGUAUGCAUAUAUAAGUUUUAUUUAUUCUACUAUAAAUGAAAUAUGUUAUGGUUUAUGUUGUUUUAGCUAUUCUAAUUAUUCUUCUUCCUCUUCAGAGUUCUAUUGUUCGAUUAUUGCUCUGUGCUUGUUGGUUCUUGUCUGGUUUGAGACUCCUGAAUGACUGGUUCCGCAUGCGUGCUUGGUAACGGCUGCGGGUCUUUUAGUUUCUUGUGUGUCUAGUGUUUGUGUGUGUAAGUGUUAUCCUUCUAGUAUUCGUACGAAUACUGAGUAUCUUUCUGAGUAUAUUUGAUGAAUGUAUACAUAGCUGUCUGUUUUUAGAAUAUAUAUAUUAACGUCGAUUGAAGCGAAUAGUACAUCUUCAAUUAGGCUGAAAUAAUGAUAUUUUAAUAAUUAUGAUUUACACCAAAUUUAAGAA